GAAGAAAAAGAAGGUUGCGCUGUUAAAAUCUCUCUUGUUGAUUAUUCUCACAUCUUUUUUAACCACCUAAUGAAUUCAAGUGUGAGAUAAGCUCCUUUUUUGUGUUUUAUGAUAAAAGAGGCUACUGAGCGAAACCGGUUUACUUUUCAAGUAACUUGAUGGGAGGUUUUCAGUUCUAGAAUGUAAGUGCAUGACUCAUGUAAAUUAUAAUUUAAAUGCUGUUGUGAAGAAAGAUGGCAUAUUGCUUUAUUAGUUUUUUAGUUAUUUUGAAUUACUACUAUGGAUUUCUGAGAUUUCCACAUUAAUGUGAAACAUAGUAUAUCGUAAAAGCGUUUAAACUGCAGAACUUCGUUUAAAUCGGCACGGUUGUUGGAUAUAUCUUAAUUCUGAAAAAGAAAAUUCUUCACUCUUUGGUUGCAGUUACAGUGAAAAAACUUAUGCUUUGUUCCCUUAUGGAGGUUAUACCGACCAUGAGGAAAUUAUUUCAAAUUAUUUCUCUGUUGAUGAUAUCUGGAAUUUUUGUCAGCUUGGAAUGCUGGUGUAUCCUUUUAUCUGAUGUGAUAUACGAUGAUAUAGAAAUUUUAAAUGGAACAUGCAAAGGAAAAGAUUCUUGUAAUAUACCCAGAACAAAAGAUACUCUUGAGAAAUAUAACUGUAACUGUGGAAUUUCAUGCAGUCUUCUCAAUACAUGCUGCGUCGACUCAAAAUAUCGACGCAGAUAUACAAAACCGAUAGAAGACGUUUAUUGUUCCCAAUAUAAAGAUGAAAAGCAGAAAAACUAUUUUUAUCCAUUGAUUAGCCAAUGUAAUCCCGAUCUGGAAAAUGACAAAACCACUGAAGAACUCUGCCAAAGUUAUGGCAAUGACGAUCCCUUUUUGUUAAUACCCGUUACUGAUCUCAUAACAGGUAUUACGUAUAAGAACUACUAUUGCUUUGCUUGCAACGAAAAGUAUAGUCGAGAAGAGCCGGUACCAUGGAAUUUGGUCUUAGAAAGUGAAUCUGAAAAAGUUGUUAGAUCUUCAUUACCGAACUUGUACUAUAAUAAAACUAGGUGGUCAUGGUUUAUGGAGGACGGGAAGGAGAACAUUUCUGUUAAUUUGCUCACGUCUCUGCCGGAAGAAUUGAAAACAGUUGUGCCUUAUUGUUUUAAUUUUAGAAUAAUUUCAGAUUGUGCGUCUGAUUGGACUGAUGACAAUAUCCGAGAGAAGUGUCUGGCUUAUAUGGCUCUGACCAGAAUCCCCAAAAAUGAUGACUCCUACAACUACACGGAGUAUUACCGAAAUCCACAUUGCGCCAUUUGCAAUCAUCAGAAUUUAGAAAACAUGAUGUGUGAAGGCGAAGAUGAGAAUUAUGUUUUGUAUUUUUCGAAGCGCGAUGACUUCUUCGUUGGGUUGUUUUAUCUUCGCAGCGAGAAAUGUGAAGACAAUAUGGUUUACGAUAAUUUUGCAAAAAAGUGUAGGAAAAUAUACCGAUUAAAAAAGAAGCGGUAAUGAAGUUAUAAUGAUGGGUGUAUCUAGAUCACAUAACUUCAUGGUGAGUUUUUUACGAUAUCGACCAGGAAAAAAAAUUUAAAUGAGAAAAUGAAAGUAAAUGUAUUGUUUGUCUAAAGUGAUAAUUCCCCUUGUCAUUCGUCUGGAUCCGUGGCGGUGACUAUGGUUACAAGGUAUAAUUAUUUCAAGUAGGGUGUGGGGUCAUUGUUUAGGAAAGGUUUUGGCCAGAGAAAGGGAAUCUUUUUCUACGGUCUAUUGUGUUAAAGUGAAGAGAAGUGUGCUAUUCUUGUUUCCAUAUGAGCAGGCGGCGUCAGACUUUGUGGCAGGUGGAGUUCUUACCGUAGACAAACUGUACUUAUUCUUUUCUAAGUUAUGUCAGCUUGUUUUUGUUCUGAUACAAAUUAGUUGAAAACUUACAUUAGUUGUUUGCUUGCAUUUCAAAUUUGAAGUAAUAUAAAAUUAUACUCUUCUUUGUAACUUUGUUUUUAGAUAUAAUUAAUAUAGGAAAUGAACUAGGGGUGAAAAUUUUUAAAAUUAACGGAAUUCUCACGAAACCUUUAUCAAGACUUAAGUGCAUGAUUAAUCCAUUAUCUAACAAUAAUUAUAUCUGUUCAAAUUAGUCAUAUGUAGUGGUAAUCGCAUAAUUCUAAUUUACCUUAAAAUAUGAAUACAUUACCUUAUACUACCUCUAGAAAAAUUAUUUUCUAAAAAUACCCAAAUUCCGUAGUAAUUCGUGGAAACGUAAAAAGUGCACAAUAUAGAUGGUUAGCCGUGUAAAGCUAAGCUCAGUUGGUGCAAGGGGCUACUACUUCAGAAUUAUUUUUACGCCCAAUUUAGAAGAAACGUGCCAGCCAAUAUUAUUAUAGUUGCAGUGUAUACAAUAAAAAUAUGCGUACAAAAGCAUACACACACGUUACAUUAAUGAGCUUUAUUCAAUUUGUUUACAGAUCCUAAUCCAGAAAAUAUCGUUUUUAUUUUUCAAAUAAAAUGCAUUUAUCAGUAAAAUAAUUACUAUUUCAAAACUAACGUUUAAUCAUUUUAAUUUUUUUAACGUAAUAAUUAGCUUGUAAUACACUUCCCUAAAUUAAUGAAACAGACACUUUCAGUUUUUGACAUUUUUCAAAUUUCUUAUAAGAAGAACAUAAAAUAUUAUUUUAUAACUUUAGAAGGAUCUAGGUCUUAUAAUUUCGCAUGCUUAUCAAUGAAUUGUAAAGCGCAAGCGCAUUGUAUUUGCAUGCGCAAGAAGUUAUGAAUGAAAAGGUGUGUUUUUGAAUGCCCUGUGCUAGAAAAUCAAUCAAUAAGCUUGUAACUUAUAUCAAUUACUUAUAUAUUUAUUGACUGCAUAAAAAUUUCGUAAAACUAGCUUAAUAUCUAUGGAAAUAUAAGCAUUUUUAUAGAAAAUAAAUAAAAUUUUUGCUCAUGUUUCUUUACUAUAAUUGUAAAAAUAUUAGAUAAAAUUAAACAAAAUUUUUUGAGCAAUUUUUAAUUAAUAACGAAAAUGCAAUUUUAAAAUUUGAAGAAAAAAAAUUAAAAUUGCGCAAAAUCUGAGCAUUUAAAUUAGUCCUUUCAUACUGCGCAUAGGCGAAAAACAUUUUAAUUUCUUUCAUAAUUAUGUUGGGAAUCGUAUUUGGCAACUUACAAAAUGUAGAAAAUUUCGUAAGUUACCAAAUACGAUUAAUUAUAAUACGAUAAUUUAAAAAUUUUAAAGCAAUUUUCUAUGAUGUUUUCAUAUUUUUUUAAAAAAUGUUAAAAAAAAAGUGAUAUCCAUAAAUUUCAUUUUAUAUUAUAAUCAGGGUAUUGUAAAACAGCAAAUAUAAAUGUUAUCUAGCAUUGUAAAACAACCUCUAUUAAAGCAUGUUUUUAUUUCGCAUGUUUUACCCUUAAACCAUCCCAAUUUGCUGCCCGGUCAUUUAUUUCAGGGAAGUGUAAAUUAUUUUCCAAUUUUGUUUAAAAAAGUACUUUUUCUUCUAAAUAAAUAUGAAAAGCACACUUCUAGUGUAGUUCCUUGUCAAUGAAACAUUUGUUUACAUAAUCGGAAAGUGCAUCAGUUUUUAAAUAUAAGUUAACAUUUAUAAACUGGAAAAGUUAUAGAUUGCUACAAUGUUGAAUAUGAUGAUUAUAAUAUCAAUUCAAAUAAGUAAAAUUAGUUUAACCAGUCUUUGGGUGGUCACAACCAGCAAAAAUUUAAAAAGAUUGAGGAAACAAAUAGAAAUGGGAUAGGGGAAGAGUGAAGGAACAAAUAUGAAUAGGAUAAGGAAAUAUUGAAGAAACAAAAAUGAAUUGAAUAUGAGAAAAUUGAAACGAGUAGGAUAGAAGAAGAUUAAAGAAACAAUAGGAAUAGAAUCGAAGAAGGUAGAAGGUACAAAUAGGAAUGGGAUAGGGGAAGAUUGAAAAAACAAAUAGGAAUAGGAUAAGGAAAUACUGAAGAAACAAAAAUGAAUUGAAUAGGAGAAAAUUGAAACGAGUAGGAUAGAAGAAGAUUAAAGAAACAAUAGGAAUAGAAUCGAAGAAGGUAGAACAUACAAAUAGGAAUGGGAUAGGGGAAGAUUGAAGAAACAAAUAGGAAUAGGAUAAGGAAAUAUUGAAGAAACAAAAAUGAAUUGAAUAGGAGAAAAUUGAAACGAGUAAGAUAGAGGAAGAUUAAAGAAACAAUAGGAAUAGAAUCGAAGAAGGUAGAAGAUACAAAUAGGAAUGGGAUAGGGGAAGAUUGAAAAAAAAACAAAUAGGAAUAGGAUAAGGAAAUAUUGAAGAAAUAAAAAUGAACUGGAUAGGAGAAAUUUGAAACGAAUAGGAUAGAAGAAGAUCAAAGAAACAAUUGGAAUAGAAUUGGAGAAGAUAGAAGAUACAAAUAUGAAUACGAUAAAGGAAUAUUGAGGAAACAAAUGAGAAUUGGAUAGGGAAUAUUAAAGAAAGAAUUGAUUUUACUAUUCCUACCCAACAAGAUAUAUUUGUAAGUUAGAGAAAGUAUUUCCAGAUGCUAAAUUUUACGAACUAUAAAGUAAAAUUAAAACAUCUAAAAGUUUCCACUAAUUUCAUAAAAAAUUUGUCAAUAUUUAAAAAAAAUAGGAAAAAAAACCGGUUGUGACUUUUCUGAUUCUCCACAGCACUGUUAUCAGGUUUUAUAUGAUUGUUUUAAUAGUUUAUAAGCCAUGGUGAUUAAAAUCAUUGUAGAUCAACUUUAUUGAAUUAAAAAAAAUAUGAUGAGA